AUGUCCAGCUUCGGCCACUCCUACCGCGUACACACCUACGGCGAAUCACACUGCAAAAGCGUCGGCUGUAUCGUCGAUGGUGUCCCUCCCGGACUCCAAUUGACGGAGGAGGACAUCCAAAUUCAAUUGUCCAGGAGGAGGCCCGGACAGAGCGACAUCACCACUGCUCGAUCCGAGUACGACACUGUUCACGUUCAGUCCGGUACCGAACAUGGCGUCACCCUCGGUACUCCCAUCGGCCUCCUUGUCCACAACAAGGACCAGAGACCCCACGAUUACGCCGAGACCGACCUUUACCCCCGUCCCUCCCAUGCCGACUACACCUACCUCGCCAAGUACGGUGUCAAGGCCUCUUCCGGUGGAGGACGUGCUUCUGCGCGAGAAACCAUCGGCCGUGUCGCUGCCGGUGCCAUCGCCGAAAAGUACCUGAAAGAAGCUUUCGGUGUUGAAAUCGUUGCUUUCGUGGCCAGUGUCGGUAAGACUGCUUUGCCUUUCGUUGACGAGGAGGAUGAGGUGCUUGGAAAGCAGUACAUGGACUUGGUCAACACUGUCACCAGGGAGCAAGUAGACAAGGAGAUUACCCGAUGCCCUCACAGGGAGACUAGCAUCAAGAUGGAGGAGACUAUCCGAGCUGCUAAGGCCCGAGACGACUCUCUUGGUGGUUCCAUCACCUGUGUCAUUCGCCGCGCGCCCCUUGGUCUCGGUGAGCCGUGCUUCGACAAGCUCGAGGCUGUUCUUGCCCACGCCAUGCUUUCUAUCCCUUCCACCAAGUCUUUCGAGAUCGGGUCCGGUAUCAGGGGUACUACCUUCCCUGGAUCUUCCCACAACGACCCCUUCGUGGAGGGUAUCGACGCCAAGACUGGCGGCAGGAGGUUGAGGACGGAGACCAACUGGAGUGGUGGUGUUCAGGGCGGUAUCUCUAACGGCGAGGACAUCUACUUCCGAGUUGGUUUCAAGCCUCCCGCGACCAUCGCUCAGGAGCAGAGCACCGCUAGGUACGACGGUACUGGCGGUGUCCUUGCUGCCAAGGGCCGACACGACCCCUGUGUUGUCCCCCGAGCUGUGCCCAUUGUCGAGACUAUGGCAGCUAUCGUCAUCAUGGACAUGGUCCUCCAGCAGAACGCCCGUAUGACUGCUGCUUCCCUCCUUCCCGAUCUCACCCACCUCCCGCCCACCAUGGUCCUUCCCGGUAAGAGCACCGUGAAAAAGGUUGUUGAGGGUAGCGAGAGCCUCGGACAGGUGCAGAGCCAAAAGCUUGGAGAGGAGUAA